GGCUCCAGUCUGGCCCAUGGCGUACCGAACACUCCUGCUGCUCUCGUGGAUCUUGGCCCUGAUCCAGACCUGGGCCGGUCCGACCGCGAACCCAGAACGCGCGUCCUCCCUGCCUCCGGGCCCACACAGCCUGAAAUAUUUAUACACCGCCAUGUACGAACCGGGCCGCGGCAAGUACCGGUACAUCGUCUUUGGCUACUUGGACGACAGGGAGAUCCUGUGGUUCUACAGCGACUCCCCAAGCCCAAAGCUAGAGCUGCGCGUACAGUUGGUGGAGGGGGAAGGCGCAGGGUUUGGGGAGGAGCAGACGCAGGAAAUCAAGGACAACCAACGGAUGAGCAGAGCGAACCUGGACAAGCUGCGCGCCCACUACAACCACAGCGAGGACGGGUCUCACACUCUGCAGGAAAUGACCGGCUGUGUCGUGGGGUCGGACGGACGCUUCCUCCGCGGGUUCAGUCACUUCGCCUACGACGGCACCGACUACGUCUACCUGAACGAGGACCUGAGUUCCUGGAAUACAACCACCAAAGUGGACCAGGUCACGGUCCACAACUUGGUGCAGGUCCCUGACGCAGAGCGCAGAAGAGUCUUCCUGAAGGACACGUGUGUGCCCUGGCUCCAGCUGCUCCUGGAGAAAGGAAAGGGGACGCUGCAAAGAACAGACCCUCCAAAGACACGUGUGACCCACCACCCCAUCUCUGACCAUAAGGUCACCCUGAAGUGCUGGGCCCUGGGCUUCUACCCUUCGAACAUCACCCUGACCUGGCAGCGUGAAGGGGAGGACCUGACCCAGGACAUGGAGCUGGUGGAGACCAGGCCUGCAGGGGACGGGACCUUCCAGAAGUGGGCAGCUGUGGCCGUGCCCCCUGGAGAGGAGCAGAGAUACACGUGCCAUGUGCAGCACCAGGGGCUGCCUGAGCCCCUGACCCUGAGAUGGGAGCCCCCUCCUCAGACCACCAUCACCAUCCUGGGCAUCUUGGGCAUCGCUGCUGUCCUGUGUCUCCUUGCAGCUGUGGCUGCUGGAGCUGUGAUGUGGAGGAGGAAGUGCUCAGGCAGAGUCAGGAAGAGCUACUCUCAGGCUGCCUGUAAGUCUGGGUGUUGGGAGGUGACAUCUGGGACCCUUGGGAGAGUGUGGGCUGGAGUCUAUGAGGGGGGCUUCCCCACCCCGUAACUCUGCUGUUGUGUCUUCUGCAGGCAGCGACAGUGCCCAGGGCUCUGAGGUGUCUCUCCCAGCUCCUCAAUGGUGAGACCCUGAGGGCAGGAAGUGGGGGGCAUUUUGAUCAAGGGGCACUAAUGGGUUUGAGGAUUCUCAGAGUGGAAUAUUAUGAGCCUGUGGUGGCUGUGGGGGAAUGUGACACUUCUGAGACUGACCUGAAUUUGUUCAUGACAACUUUCUUUCCCAGUGUGACAGAGCUGCUUUGAGCACAACCUGGUGCUAAAACAGUCACCUCGGCCUCCCCUUGGGAAUUUAAGGAUCCCUGACUGCUGUUUCUGCAACCAGCAUCAGAACAUGUCUGUGUUCAUAUCAGCACAGUGAGGAGCUGGUCACCAGGCCGCCCUCCCCACAGGGACCUGCAUCCUCUCUCCUGGGGACUGUCCUGUCCUAGCAGAGUUGGGGUGAGGCCAUCCCUAUCCUGGUCAUGCCUCAUCUGGGUCACCUUUGUUACUCCUUUGUCCUUGCCACUUCAGGAGAACCCUGUCCCAGCAGGACCUGGGAUCUCAGGGACUUGAAUGUCACCCUGGCCUUGUGGUCCCUCCGGGACUGUGCUCAGUGAGGGCUUCCUGAGUCUGUGUCAGCCUGGGCUCAGGCUGGGUCUGUCCUGCAGGGCCUAUCUUUUGGGUACUUCUUUAUUUUUAUAGAUAUUGUAUACUUUUCUGAGUAUUUAAAAGUAAAGUUAUUGGGGUAUUUAUUAAAUGGCAGGGGUAUGUCUUUUAUUAAAUUAUUGGGUUGUGCUCUUAUUAAAUGUAUUGGGGUGCACUAGUUAAGAGGAUCAUGUAGGUUUCAGGUGCACAUUUCUAUGAUACAGGGUCUGUACAUUGCACUGUGUGCCCACCACCCAAAAUCAAACCAUCUUCCCUCACCAGGUACAAAGACCCUCCUCCCCCAACCCCCUUCCCUCUGGGAACCACCACCCUGCUAUCUGUGUCCCUGAGUUUCAGGUUUAUGUCUCACGUGUGAGAGACAUCAUAUGGUUCUUAGCUUUUUCUGACCAAGUUACUGAGUAUGAUAUUCUCUAGGCCCAUACAUGUUGUUACAAUUGGCUGUAUUCCAUGUUUUCCUAUGUCUGAGUAGGUUGUAUGUAUGAGUUUUCAUCUCAUUCUCUCUGGGUGUCCCCACUUGACAGCAACAGGAGUCACUUUGCCUGUCAUUGUCCCCACAUGGCCCAAGGUGGCCCCUGCACUCAGGAAUCUGUGGUGUCCAGAGGUGCAGUUUCAGACUCAUCCUGCUCUUACCUCCUUGGGCGUGAUGGGUCUCCCACCUUUUCCCACCCUCCUCAGAGGAACCGAGUUCUGGAAUCAGCAGAGAGCAGGGGCCCUGUAACGUCUCAUCUCAGAUACGUUCCUGCUGCGAUUCUGCUCUGCUCUGCCACCGUCUCCCCCGGCCUCUCACUCCAGUGGGGGCCCCCGUGCAAACUCGGGGAUGCACAGAGCAGAGGCCCCUGUAGAUUUAGGGGGACAGCACCGUGGGGAAGUGGGGGGGCAUUGAUGGCAGAGUGACAGUAUAUUGCAGUGUCACCACAGCACAGCUGGGGGCUGAGGCCACAUCAAUAAAGACACUGUCACUAGAACAGGCAGGUGUCUUACAAUGAUGAGUCACUCAACUAGUGGUUUUAGAGUACGGGGUAGAUGGCACACCAUUUUUACAUCAGGAAUACAGACCUACCUCGGAGAUGUUUGGGUUCAAGUCCAAACCACUGCAAUAAAGCAAAUAUCCCAUUGAAGUGAGUCACCACAUUCUUUUGGUUCCCUUGUGAAUAUAAAUGUGAGGCUGAUGCUAUACUGUAGUCUAUUCAGUGUUCCAUAAUAUUAUGUCUAAAAGGUAAUGUACGUGUCUUUGUUAAAAUAUACUUUGUCACUAAUAAAAAUGCUUCCUAUC